GUCACUGCGCAGGCGCGUCCGGAGCGUGCGGCGUCCCGAGCUGCGGGCAGCAGGCAGCGCGGGGGUCUGCGGCCUGUGUCCUCCUCGCCUUCCCGCCGCCUCGCCGUCCCGCCGCCCGCCGGCCAUGGAGCCCCAGGUGCUGACGCCGCACGUCUACUGGGCGCAGCGCCAUCGCGAGCUGUAUCUGCGCGUGGAGCUGAGCGACGUGCAGAAUCCGGCCAUCAGCAUCUCGGAAAAUGUGCUACAUUUCAAAGCACAGGGACAUGGCGCCAAAGGGGACAACGUCUAUGAAUUUCACCUGGAGUUCCUGGACCUCGUGAAGCCAGAGCCGGUGUACAAGCUGACCCAGAGGCAGGUCAACAUCACGGUGCGGAAGAAGGUCAGCCAGUGGUGGGAGCGGCUCACCAGGCAGGAGAAGCGCCCGCUCUUCCUGGCGCCCGACUUCGAUCGCUGGCUGGACGAGUCUGACGCAGAGAUGGAGCUCAGAGCCAAGGAAGAAGAGCGCCUCAACAAACUCAGACUGGAGAACGAAGGCUCCCCGGAAACUCUCGCCAGCCUGAGGAAAGGCUACCUGUUCAUGUACAACCUGGUGCAGUUCCUGGGCUUCUCCUGGAUGUUCGUCAAUAUGACCGUGCGCUUCUGCAUCCUGGGCAAAGAGUCCUUCUAUGACACCUUCCACUCCACGGCCGACAUGAUGUACUUCUGCCAGAUGCUGUCCGUGGUGGAGACCAUCAACGCGGCCAUCGGUGUCACCAGCUCCCCGCUGAUCCCCUCUCUAUUCCAGAUGCUGGGGAGGAACUUCAUCUUGUUCAUCGUCCUGGGCGCAGCGGAGGAGAUGCAGAGCAAGGCCGUGGUCUUCUUUGUCUUCUACACGUGGAGUUCCAUCGAGAUCUUCAGGUACCCCUUCUACAUGCUGUGCUGCCUGGACAUGGACUGGAAGGUGGUCACGUGGCUCCGCUACACCAUGUGGAUCCCCCUGUACCCGCUGGGCUGCUUGGCAGAAGCCGUCUCGGUGAUCCAGUCCAUCCCCGUGUUCAACGAAUCCGGGAGGUUCAGCUUCACACUGCCGGCCCCGGUCAAGCUCAACGUCAGAUUCUCCUUCUUCCUUCAGGUGUAUCUCAUCCUGCUCUUCCUGGUUGGGCUGGGGAGGCUGCGCAGUGGCCGAAGGCGUGUGCCAGGACCUGGGUUCCAUCGCCGGCCCUGCUGGAGGAGAAGAGAGAGGUCGUGGGGACUCUUGCCAAAGGGCUCUAUGUAAACUUCCGUCACCUUUACAAGCAACGUAGGCGACGCUACGGGCAGAGAAAGAAAAAGCUGCAUUAGCGACCAUGCCCCUCUCUAUACCCCCCCAGUUUGAACCUCCCCUGCGACUUCUCACGGUUUCACCCAUUGUACUGACGUGGCGUUCAGUGUUGAGUGCUUUGGUCCCGGCAGCCGCCAGCCGCUCUGCACCCUCCGCGGAGCCCUGCAUGACACGGCGCCCCGCCCUGGCACAGGCUCCCGAAGGCCUGGUGCGGCCCCCCACCUGCGGCCCCCCACCCCGUCCCAUCACACGGGGCUCUGUCCCGUCCAGCUGUUGCUUGUCAAGUAGAAGGCGAGGCUGCUGUUCCGGGGGGUUAGCAGAAGUGCCUCAGCUGGUGUGACUCCAUCCAGUGCCGGGGCCCCUGCUGGGGAGGUGGGCUCUGGUUUCCCUUCAGUCUUCCGUCGCUGCCGGUGGGACUGGUGGGGCUGGGGCUGUGCACGGAACGCAGACGCCUUUCUAGGCCGCAGGCAGCGACAGCUCUGGCCGGUUAUGGUUAGUCGGGGCAGGAUGC